AUGAUAGAAGAAGAAGAAGCAAGUGUUCCUUUGGAUAAAAGACCGUUGUAUUGGUUAAUAUUGAUCCCUUAUGAAAAAUAUGUUCAAGUUUAUUUUUAUUCCAAAUUACAAUUGCUGGAACCUGAAUUCAAUAUAUUAGAACUUAUCAAGGAAAAAUUAAAAAUAAUUCAAGAGCGAACCAACCAAUUAGUAUUGUUAAAUUAUUUGCAGGAAACUCGUAUUUGUAGUAAAUACCUCGAAGCACCUAAUAGCAUUAACAUGGAUACUGCUUUCUCAGAUGAAGAUAUAUCAGACGAAGAUAAUGAAAAUGAAGAUAUUCAGGAUGUCUUUAAUAAUACAGAUAUGACUGAAACUAACAAGUUCUUUCCUGGACAAUUUUCUUGCCCACUUGUAUUUACAAAGCGGUUUCCUCUACAUUGGCGUUUGCAGCCAAAUAUUGCACUUAAAUUUCUCAGUUCUGAUGUCUUGAGAUUAUUCACAGUAGUUAAUCGACCCAAUAUGUUUGUUAUUGAGCGAGAUGACUCGAUUGUAUAUUGUAAAAUAUCAGAAGAGAGUUUUGAUAAUGAAGUAGAAGUGUCUCCCAAUACAACAUGUGUAUCUCCUGUACAUACACUAUCUGGGAAAAAUACUGAAGAUGAUACGCAAACUCUUAUUGCUGUUAAUAUGCCAGAAACUACUCCCAAGCGCGAAUUGUCAAGAAUUUCGUCUACUUCACCCAUGCCGCACACAUCAAGUGUAACUAGGUCAUCAUCAAAUGAAAAAAGGGAACUUGUUUUGGAAGUUUAUGGCAUAGAUCUUCCAUCUUGGGUAGAAAAGGAGUUUGUAAAUCUAAUAGAAAAAAGGCUAAUUUCACAAAUUACAUUAAAUGAAAUACAACAAUUCUUUUCAAGGAAUUCUGUUACAAAACCUACUUUAGAGGAUGUUGAUUUUAUUUUACCUACUUCAAAACCAUCUACUCGUAGAGAAAUGCUAAGAAUUCCAGACUUAGUGAAUAGUCCUUACGUCCUCUUGCAAUAUUUCAAGCAAUCUAUAUUAGCAGAUAAUAUUCGACCUCUAACAGGGCCUUAUGUAAGACAAUCAGUAUCUAAUUACUAUAAUAACAUGUUUUUCAGCCAAGACCCGAAUGGGAUUCAGGAUGCAUCAAAACGUCAAUUAAACCCUCAAAGCAAGACAACAAGAGAGAUCCCUCCAGGCUCAUUUUGCUUCUAUUAUAACUGCACAAAGCGUGCUCCUGGAUCUUCGACACCAUUAGAAUUAAUGGCGGGCCAAGGUAUGGCAGGUAUUUGUUUAACUCUUUUAAAUGAGUAUGGAUAUCCUAUUACAGUUGUCCAAGAGGAAGGUAAUUAUGGAGCAAACUUUGAUCCAGAGAUGAUCCAUGAUUGUCUUGAAGAAGAUUUUAGAGAGGCAAAAGAAGGAACGACAUUUUUUCAUAUAUGGGUUGAUAUAUGGGUAACUGGUACGGCUGACAGCGAGGCAUUAAUUCAACAUAUAUACGAAUGCUAUCGCCAAAGUCUCUGUGAUUACUUUAUAGAAAAGACUGUUACCAUUGACCUUGGUGCAGCUUUAUCAUUAGAUGGAGCCUUACAAAAGGCAGUAACUGAUAAGUCUGAAGGUCGACUUGGUACAAUAUUAAGGAAAAAGUUUAUUGAAUCAGUUUUAUUCAUUCUUCGUAAAGCAUCUGAGUUUAAGAGUCCAACUGUAUAUGCUAUGGAAAAAUCAAUACAGACAACUCCUUGGUGCAUGGACGAUCUUAUACGUUAUUUAGACUUUGAACUUCGAAAAAUCGAUUCUUCUUUACGUCCUACCGUUGCG